UACUAACCUGGAACCAGUUCUCUUUGACACGGGUGGUCUCACCUUCCCCCGUCUCCAGCAGUGGAGGGACCCUAGCAAGUCACAUCCGGCAGGGGGUGGGGUGCAAGGGGCGGAGCUCGCCCCAGAGAGGAGACCCUGCCUGUCGCCAGCAACUCUAUCGCGGUAUACCACAAUUCUGCGGGUGCUCUCCUGGCCGCUCCAGCCAGACACUCAGCAGGUGAUGGCGGGCGAGGGGAUCGGGGUUCUGGAGGCGGCCAUGCGUCCGCCGCCCACACAAGAGCGGGAUGCACUCCUGGCCCGGUCCGGUGUCCUUGGAGCUGGGACGCUUAGGCCCUGCGACCCCGCAGCCAGCCCCGGAACCGCACCGCCUUCCCCAGAAAACACUGGAGAGAACCCCGCCUCCAGCGUUCUGAGCCGGGAUGGUUGCGAGAAGGGCUCGGAUACUGGGGUGGGGACCAAAAGGAAGGCUGAGGAAGUGACGACUGAGGAAGACUCUGUAACCGCGGAGGAGCCUGCGGAGGUGGGGGAGAAGCUGGAGUGGGUCGCAGAGGCCCAGGCGAACCUGAGGCCUCUGGACCUCGGGGCUCUUAUCGUGGACCCGCUAGAGGCCAUCCAGUGGGAGCUAGAGGCCCUGAGUGCCCAGGCUGAUGGGGCCCACCUGCAGCUGGUGCGCAGGUUUGGGAGGAUGCGUCGGUUGCACCUAGCCCGGAGGAGCUUCAUCAUCCAAAAUAUUCCAGGCUUUUGGGUCACUGCCUUCCUGAACCACCCACAGCUAUCAGCUAUGAUCAGCCCUAGGGAUGAAGACAUGCUUGGCUACCUGAUGAAUUUGGAGGUGAGGGCGCUGAGGCACACCAGAACAGGUUGCAAGUUCAAGUUCCUAUUUGGGAGCAACCCUUACUUCCGAAACGAGGUGAUAGUGAAGGAGUAUGAGUGCAGGUCCUCGGGCCGUGUGGUGGCCAUUGCUACCCGCAUCCUCUGGCACCGAGGCCAGGAACCUCCGGCCUUGGUGCACAGGAACCGGGACACCGUGCGAAGCUUCUUCAGCUGGUUUUCACAGCACAACCUCCUAGAAGCUGACAGGGUGGCCCAGAUCAUUAAAGAUGACCUGUGGCCCAACCCUUUGCAAUACUACUUGCUGGGGCAAAGGCCCUACAGAGCUAGACGAAGCCUUGCAAGAUGGCCAGCAGAGGCUCCACCAAGGCCCUAUGGGUCCCAGUCUGGCUAAGUCUUGCUCAAAUACUUGGUGCUUACAUAGGACUCCUGCUCUCUGCCUGCCCACCUACCCGUGUGUAGGCCAGUGCUCUGCUGUCUGCUUUCUCUUCUGUGAAUUCUGACUCCUCAGCAUGUUUGGGGCCAAGACUGAUCUUCACACUGUUCGAUGUCAACAUCAUGUGAUUCUUGUGCACCACUGUACUCAUAGCAGGCACUCAGUGCUGUGGAUUUGUACUGUGAUGGCUGUGGCCUGGACCCACGUAUAAAACAUGGCCUUUCACUUACUCGACACCAUCACCGACAAGGCUUCAUAAGGACCAGUUCCUGCCGGAGGCUUAGCUCUUCAAAGCUCGGCCUCAAAUAUGCUUUGCUUGACAAGUGCUGACUGUCCCAAACUGAGCUGUGACACCUAAGAUGAAGAAGGUGCAUUUGGUCCUGAUGGUCAACCAGACUUGGAUGUCCUAUGGCUCCAAGACUACAGACAGAGCAGCUCCUGCCAACGGGACUAUUGAGUAUCUGUAACCUCUGCAGCCUUGACAGCCAGGUGAUGAGACAUGGGCCAGAAGUAGUGGGCAGAACACUACUCCUGACUGUAUGCUCUUCCAUCCUGUGUGUGCCCCUCUCAUAGCCUGCUGUGGCUUGCGAAGACUGUGUUGUACCCUACCUGUGCCCGGCCAUUGCCCUUUUGAGGAGUUCUGCCUUGUCUACCAUCAUCCCUGUUCCUGGCUUUCAGGUCUGUAAGGGUCACCUGUCCAUGUAGUGAGCGCUCCUAACACCACAGAGAUUCUAUCAGCCUGGCAUACUGAGUGUGUGCUCAAGGUAGGAACAAGGUUGGGAGUCUUUUAAGAGGCCUCAUUCCUGAACCUACACAGAACCCAGACUUCUCCGUCAGCUUCUCCUACACCUCCCUGUUUUGAAGUUGCCAUGCUGUGGGUCCUGGAGAAGAGGCUUCUGCCCAUGGGGCCUGUUUCCUCUGGUAUAGAUUUCACAUGGUUUUUAAUGGGACAAUGCUGAAACAAAUAACUGAAGAUGCUUCCCCCCCCCCCCGCCCCAAAUAGCUUAAGAGACCCUUUCUUGAAUUUGCCUGUCCCCAGCGAGAAGACUGAAGUCUGAACUGCCAGGGCUCUCUGCCCCCUUGGCUCUGGUUUCUCUAGCAAGGCUUAGAAUGGCCCGAGUGUACGAUGGCAGGCCAGGGCAGGGACAGUGAAUCACUUCAUUUUACACUGUGUUCUUUUAAAGAAACUUUAGUCUCCCCUCCUCCUCUGCCCCUCUACCCCUUGUGGGUUCCUACAGAUAAAAAAAAAAACUGAACUGCCAUGCCCCUCCAAGUCCCCUCCAGGGUGUUUAUCUGCCCCUCCAAGUCCCCUCCAGGGUGUCUAUCUCAUGAAAGGCCUUGCUUUCUACUCCCUAGGAUGUGGAGGCAUACAUAAAUGGAGAUGGAGAACCCUCACCUCCCUUUCUUUUGAUUCACCAAGACUUUUGUAAAUUAGAAGAGAAAGAUAAUAUUGCCAGAUCUUGGCUCUUUUCUGGUCCAGUAAUGAGUUUGUAUGGGCAGGAAAUUAAUGUGUUUUCCAUUCUGUGCCUGUGGAGUAAGACCCACAUCAUCAGCUCCUCUGCUUCCACUGAGAGACUGGGCGCACAGGCCUGCUCCUGCGUGGUUGGGGGCAUCUGGACUGAGCGCACAGGCCUGCUCCUGCGUGGUUGGGGGCAUCUGGACUGAGCGCACAGGCCUGCUCCUGCGUGGUUGGGGGCAUCUGGACUGGGCGCACAGGCCUGCUCCUGCGUGGUUGGGGGCAUCUGGACUGAGCGCACAGGCCUGCUCGUGUGUGGUUGGGGGCAUUUGGACUGAGUGCACAGGCCUGCUCCUGCGUGGUUGGGGGCAUCUGGACUGAGCGCACAGGCCUGCUCGUGUGUGGUUGGGGGCAUUUGGACUGAGUGCACAGGCCUGUACAGCGUACGUAGCUUUGCACCUUAUAACUGCUCUGUACUGCUUGGACAUUUGUGACUAUUUACUGUUGUUAAGUUGUGGUCUGGCGCUGUAAUUUUAUCUUACAGAGUUUGAAUCCUGUGAUUUGCAGGACGUAAGGCUGGGCUUUGUUACUGUGUUCUGUGAGAGUAAACCCCAGAGGAGACCCUGAAAUGAGUGGAAGGAAGGUCUUGAUGCUUCUGGACCUCCUGAACCAUAUGGCAACUGACCUGUUUCCAAAGGGAGACAUGUUCCCAGGUGACUUUGAGCAGUGAGAAGACGGGUUAUCUCCUACAUUAAUGAUAAAGAAUAAAAACCUUCUGACCUGGCAGAAAAAUCA